AUGAAUUUAAGUACAAGUGUUCCUAAAUUAAAUAAUUCUAAUGAAAUUACUAUUGAAGGAUAAAGUAUUUUUAAAUAAUAAAUUCUUAAAAGUUAUGAAGUUUUAUAAAAAACAUAUGAAGAUAAAACAAAAGCAAACGAAAAUCAAUUAAAUAAUGUAAUUAUAUUAUUUUAUAUUAAAUAAAAGAAUCUAAUUUCAAUUAUAUUAACUUUUUCAAUAAAUUUUUAAUAUUAUUAUUUUAAAAAAAAACCAAUAUAGUAAUAAGUAAAACUCUUAGUAAAUAACCCAUUAUUUAAAAUAAAAAAAUCUAAUUUAUUGAAAAUUCAAAAUUAGAAUUAAAAUUAAUAUAAAGUAAAAAAAUAACAAAAUUAACUAUUUUCAAUAAAACAAAAAAAGUACUAUAUAGGUUCUGGUAAUAAUUCAUAAAUAAUAAGAAGGAUAAUGUAAAAAAGAAAAGGAUGGGUAGAAAUACAAUAUGGAUCGACGAUGUUUGUGAAUUUAAAAUGGUAGUAAAGCAGCAGAGGAUAUUAAUAUAAUCGUUUAGUUUUAAACAAUAAUUAUAAAUAAUUAGUCAACCAUUUCGAAUUUCAUCAAGAAAUAACUGAGAAGCAUAAUUUAAUUAAAAACUUAACAUCUUAUUGCCAAUAAUAAGGUUUAAAUGUAUUUGAUAUAACCCCUAUAACAUUUAUUUUAGAUGCAAAUGAUGAUAAAAUAGAAUAAAAUAUGCAAGAAUUUUUUCAUUUUUAUGAAAAGAAUAUGCCUUAUUAAAUAAAGAAGAAAAUGACUUAAAAGCUAUUAAGUGAAAUUAAAAAAAAGAUUAAAAAUUAUUUUAAUUUUUCAAAUAACGAGAAAAAAAUGUCUAAUAAUAAUUCAUAAAAAACUAAAUACAAAAUUAACCCAUCAUAUAUAUUAGAUUACAACUCACCCUAUAUGUGGCUUCUUAAGCCAACUUUUCUUAAUAGAGGAAGGGGAAUUAAUAUUUUUACUGAUCUAAUUAGUCUUGAAAAAUAUAUUGGUUAGUAUAUUAAUGGAACAGAAGAAAAAAUUCUUGUAAAGAAAUAAAAUCUAGAAGAAAUAAAAUUAGAUAUAAAUAAAAAAGAAGAUAACGAAAAAAAUGAAAAUGAACAAAAAAUAGCAAAUAAUAGUAGUGGUAUAAUAUUAAAAGUACAUAGCUUUGUUAUUUAGAAAUAUAUAGAAAAACCUUUUUUGAUAAAUAAAAGAAAAUUCGACUUUCGAAUUUGGAGCCUAUUAACUUAAGAUUUAGAUUUAUAUUUUUUUAAAGAAGGAUACAUAAGGACUUCUUCAGAAGAAUUUUAAUUAGAUGCAAAUAGUGCAAGUAAUUAAUUUAUACACUUAACAAAUAAUGCAAUAUAAUAACACGCUUAAAAUUAUGGUUAAUUCGAAAGUGGAAAUUAAAUGUCGUUUUAGGAAUUUGAGGAUAUUACAAAUAAAAAUAUUGAAGGUAAAAAAAUAAACUUUAAUUAAGACAUUUUAAAAAGAAUGAAGGAAAUAGUUUUUAUAACUUUCGAUUCUAUUAAGAAAAAAGUUGAUAUUUUUAAUCGUAAAUUUUGUUUUGAAAUAUUUGGUUUUGAUUUCAUUUUAGAUGCUAAUUUACAUUUGUGGUUAAUUGAAGUUAAUACUAAUCCCUGUCUUGAGUAAAGUUCUGUUCUUUUGAAAAAAAUAAUGCCAAGAAUGAUUGAUGAUGCUUUUAAACUCACUGUUGAUUAACUUUUUCCUAAAAAUAAUUAAGUUAUUUAAAAUCUAAACUAAAAAAAUGAAAUACAUAAUGUUGAGAAUAAAAAUUAUAUUGAUUUUUAAAGAAAACAAAAGCAUAACAAUUCUAAAAUAAUCAUUGAUUCUUCUUCAAAUCUUUUUGUUGUUGAAUAAUAAUAAUAGGAAGUUAUAGAGGAGUAUUUUCCUGUUGAAGGUUAUAGUGAUAAUGAAAAUAUGUGGUAAUUUAUUUUAAAAUAAGUAUUUUAAUAAUAUUUUUUUAUUUAAGGGAAAAACUUGCAAAUUUAAAGGAAGAAACUAAAAAAUGAAAUAAAUAUUAAAUAUAUUUUUAAUAAAAAAAAAUAAUAAAUAUAAAAAAAAAUUUUGGAAUAAAAAUAAAAAAUGAGAUACUUUGGAAUUUGCUAUGAAAAAAUAAGCAUUUUUAUUGUAUUUUUACUUAUUUUAAAAUUAAAAUAAUUUUUUAUUUUUAUUUUAUAUUUUUCAUAUGUUUUUUUUUAUAUUAAUUUAUUAAUCAAAGUAUGA